AUGCCUGUCCCUAAGGAGGAGUACGUCUCCGAUGUGUGGAGAAAGGACAUUUUCCGCGGGCAGGUUGUCUUUUGUACCGGGGGGAAUGGCACGAUCUGUUCCGCACAGGUCCGAGCCCUUGUGCAUCUGGGUGCGAACGCGUGCAUUGUCGGACGAAACCAGGAGAAGACCCAGGCAGUCGCGCGUGACAUCGCCACGGUGAGGGAAGGAAGCAGAGUGCUGGGGAUAGGUGGGAUUGACGUCCGGGACCUUGGACUGCUGGAACAAGCUGCAGCCCAGUGUGUCUCAGAGCUUGGAGGGAUUGACUUUGUCAUAGCUGGCGCCGCUGGGAAUUUUCUCUCGCGGUUCUCCGACGUCACGUCCAAUGCGUUCAGAAGCGUGCUCGACAUUGACGUCCUCGGGUCCGUCAACACAGCCAAGGCGACUCUCCCACAUCUGGUCAGUUCGAUCAAGACGGGGUCCCCCCGAGCCUGCGGCCGGAUUGUCUUCAUGUCCGCCACGCUCCAUUACACCGGGUUUCCACUACAAACGCACGCAGCAGUUGCCAAAUCCGGAGUCGACGCUCUCUCGUCUAAUCUAGCUAUUGAGUACGGGCCUCUUGGGGUUACCAGCAAUGUGAUCAGUCCGGGGCCAAUAUCUGGCACGGAGGGGGUGCGCCGUCUCUCUACGAGCCAUGCUCAGGCCCGCAGGAUCCCUCUCGGCCGGUACGGAACAGUGCGGGAUAUUGCAGACGCAACGGUGUACCUGUUCUCGGAGAGCGGAAGCUACGUGAAUGGACAAGUGCUGGUUGUGGAUGGUGGCGCCUGGCGGACUCUGGCAACGAUCUCUGGCGACGACCAGGCGUAUCCGGAGGUCGUGCUGGCCCCCAAACUGUAA